AUUUGCGACAUUAAAACGUUUGAAAUAACAUAUCAGUCACAUGGCACAAAUACAUGGGCACUGGAAAGUUCACCAUCAGUGAAUAAAUGUGUCCGCAUAAGACUAGUCCAAAGAAAUUCAUUCAAUAAAUACUGUACAACGGAAAUAUAGAUAUACAAACUAAAGCAAUACUUUAACUUAGAGAUGCAACAUCUGGAAUCUACAUUUAAUAUGGAAAACAUUAUAGGCCAUGGGACAUGUAGCAUGGCAAGUAGUGUUGAUGGUGUGAUAAGUAAUGACGAUGAUGUGAAACAUGAUGCUGAUCGUGUAAUGAAUAAUGCCGAUGGUGUAAUACAUGAUGCUGAUUGUGUGAUAAAUAACGCUGAUGGUGUGAUAAACAAUGCUGAUGAUGUGAUAAAUAAUGCUGAUGGUGGAAAGAUUAUUACAAGAGAUAUCAAGAAACUAGCAAAUGGUCAUAAAAAAGAACAUACUUGCGAUGUAUGCUAUAGAGCAUUCAAAUGGAAGUCUGUACUGGUGCAACAUUAUAAAAUCCAUACUGGAGAAAAGAACUUCAAAUGUGAUAUUUGUCUUAAAACAUUUAUGCAAAAGUCACAUCUUCAAUUUCAUCAUAAAACACAUACAGGGGAAAAUUACUCCAAGUGUGAUAUUUGUUCUAAACAAUUUACACGAAAAUAUUAUCUCACUAAACACACUCUAAUUCAUACUGGAGUAAAGAAAUUCAAAUGUGAUGUUUGCCUUAAAACAUUUAUAGAUAGGUCUAGUCUUAACAGACAUUGUAAAAUUCAUACUGGGGAAAGGAACUUCAAAUGUGAUGUUUGUUCUAAAACAUAUAUGUCCAAAUCACAUCUUCGCCGUCACUUUGGCAUUCAUACUGGUGAAAAGAAUUUCAGAUGUGAUGUAUGUUCUAAAACAUUUGCACAAAAUGAUGAUCUUACUCAACACAUUAAAAUUCAUACUGGAGAAAAGAACUACAAAUGUGAUGUUUGUUCGAAGCCAUUUAUUAGAAAGGCUACUCUUAACAGGCAUUAUAGAAUUCAUACCGGGGAAAAGAACUUCAAAUGUGAUGUUUGUUCUAAAACUUUUAGAGAAAAGUUUUCUCUUACCUUGCAUUAUAGAAUUCAUACCGGAGAAAAGAACUUCAAAUGUGAUGUUUGUUCUAGACUGUUUUCACGAAAGUCUAGUCUGAACAGACAUUAUAGAAUUCAUACUGGAGGAAAAAACUUCAAAUGUGAUGUUUGACUCUUCCAAAUUUUUUCAUCUAAACUUACAUCAUAAAAUUCAUACUUGAGAAAAGUUCUUCAAAUGUGAUGUCUGUUCUUAGACAUUUACGCGAAAUUACAAUCUAAACAGGCAUUAUAGAAUUCAUACUGGAGAAACAAAAGUCUGUGAACCUCUAUAAACCUUUUACUAUAACUAUUAUUUUUCAAUAUACACUUUUAAUAGGGCUGUUUAGAAAUUGGAUGGAAAUUGUGCUGCUGUCAAAUGACCUACCUGUCUGUAUUUUAGUUUCUUCAAUGAAGUGUUGCCAUUGUGAAAAUUACUAGAUUCAAUGCUUUGUUUGUACUAUAUGUCACUAAUGGAUUAUAUGCCAAUAGGCUUGAAUUAAAGAUUUAAGCCAUGGACUCAGUGCAUUGUUGACUUAUUAUCAUUCCUCAAAAGUUUUGUUUCAAUUAUAUAUAUUCUUUAGAUUAAACAUGGACUUAUUAUUGGUUUGUUCAUACUGCGUGUAAAUCUGUUGUACGUUUAAAAGUUCUUUAAAAUUCAUCAAUACUAAUUCGACAAUGAAAACAUAAUUACAUUGACGGUCAUAUGUUUUAGACUAUUAUUACUUUCAUAAUCAUAAGGUGGAUUGUAGGAAGGUAAAACCCAUGAAAUAACUACAGUGAACUAUAUUUGGUUAUGGGAUAUGUUGCUGAAUAUUAAAUUGUGUAAAUAAAGUAUAUUCGGCCGGAAACAGUGUC